ACCACCAACCCAUAUGACUAUCACUUCGUGAGUCAAGGUGAGGUCACUGUUCCAAGCAUUGAUGACCAGGAGGAGCUCAUGGCUACAGAUAGUGCCAUUGACAUCCUGGGCUUCACUCCUGAUGAAAAGACCGCCAUCUACAAGCUGACAGGGGCUGUCAUGCACUAUGGGAACUUGAAGUUCAAGCAGAAACAACGAGAGGAGCAGGCAGAGCCCGAUGGCACAGAAGUUGCUGACAAGGCUGCCUACCUGAUGGGCCUGAACUCAGCUGACCUGCUCAAAGCCCUGUGUUAUCCCCGAGUCAAGGUGGGGAAUGAAUAUGUGACCAAGGGUCAAACUGUGGAACAGGUGAACAAUGCAGUUGGUGCCCUGGCUAAAGCUGUCUAUGAGAAGAUGUUCUUGUGGAUGGUUAUUCGCAUCAACCAACAGCUGGAUACCAAGCAGCCCAGACAGUACUUCAUUGGUGUCCUGGACAUUGCUGGCUUUGAGAUCUUUGAUUUCAACAGCUUUGAGCAGCUGUGCAUCAACUUCACCAAUGAGAAACUGCAACAGUUCUUCAACCACCACAUGUUCGUGCUGGAGCAGGAGGAGUACAAGAAGGAAGGAAUUGAAUGGACAUUCAUUGACUUUGGGAUGGACCUGGCUGCCUGCAUUGAGCUCAUUGAGAAGCCCAUGGGCAUCUUCUCCAUCCUGGAAGAGGAGUGCAUGUUCCCCAAGGCAACUGACACCUCUUUCAAGAACAAGCUCUAUGACCAGCAUCUGGGCAAGUCCAGCAACUUCCAGAAGCCCAAACCUGCCAAAGGCAAGGCUGAGGCCCACUUCUCCCUGGUGCACUAUGCUGGCACAGUGGACUACAAUAUCACUGGCUGGCUGGAGAAGAACAAGGACCCCCUGAAUGAAACUGUCAUUGGGUUGUAUCAGAAAUCAUCUGUGAAGACACUGGCCUUACUCUUUGCCAACUAUGGUGGAGCAGAUGCAGAGGGUGGUGGUGGCAAAAAGGGUGGCAAGAAGAAGGGUUCUUCCUUCCAGACGGUCUCAGCUCUUUUCCGGGAAAAUUUAAACAAGCUG